AUGGGAGAACCCUCGGGAACACGUCAAACGCAUGACAUGGCGUUAAUGGAUCCAUUUGGCUUUAACUUCAAUGGCAUCAUGAGACAAAUGGAGAAUGUCCAGGCACAAGCGAUGAAUGACCCAAAUUCACAUGUGUUUUCUCAUUCAACAAUGAUUAGUUUUGAUGGACGUAAUGGUGGACAGCCUCGAGUAAUCGAGAAAUCAAUUCGUAAAACUGGUGAUGUGAAAGAAACACGUCAUGCGAUUCGAACAGGCGAAGACGGCGUAGGUGAUAAGCUCACUAUCGGACAUACAAUAGGCGAUCGGUCGCAUGUGAUAGAAAAGAAACGUGAUCGUGAUGGACGGAUCAGAGAACGACAAAGCUUUGUUAACCUUUCACAAGACGAAGCGGAAGCGUUUGAUCGUGAAUUUGCAUCUCGUGCACGGCGUAAUCUGAUGGGUAGUAGAAGUGAUGGUCACAGAACUCGAGCUAUUGAAGGUGGCACCAGGUAUGGUGGUACGACAUCAAACAGCCGAAACUAUGUACCACGCAUCGGUGGCACAAGUGCACCGAUUAUUACUCUUCCGGAUGAAGAAGAUGAUAGCGACGUGAUGGCCGAGGAGGAUUAUGGUAGAGGCAAAAGAUCUAAUUCUCGUUUCGCAUCUGGUUCGGGAGGUCCGGUAAUUCGCGAAGUGACAGAUGAUGAUGAAGAUGGUAGUAAUAACCAUAAACGACGAAAGGGUUUUUUUGGACGCCUGUUCAAGGAAAAUGAUGAAUGA